UAACCCGUCAACGCAUUGCCCACCCGCCGAUUGUUUUCAAUCACGAUUACACUCGACUCCAUUUCAUUCAAACGUUGGCGAUUCUUUACGUUUGGCUUUGCGUGAGUCGUAGACACUUAGGUUUGGGGACAGACACGCACAUCGCACCCGGCCACAUCGGUUGUUUUUGUGUAUGAAAAACAUGCAACUUCCGGACGGUAGUUUCCGGUUUGAUACGGCUCACCGUGCGGGUACAUAAGACGAGCUUGCACUGCAUUGCUCCCUAAGCAGGUCCGAUCCGCGUCGGAACUGGGAUAUAGGUGAGGAUGGCCUUUUGGAGGUUUGCUUACAUAUCACUUGCCUGCAUCACGUUGGGACAUGAAGCUGCGGCAAACAUGAACUUUGACGUUCAUAUCGACAAACUGGAACGGGUCGGGGACACGGGAGAGUACUUCACGUACAACUACAGCUACGAGAAGAUCUCGGAGAUGAAGUUCAACAUGGGUGCACAAGUCCAGCAGCUGAAGGAGCUCGAUGAUAGCUACACGGUAAAGGCGUUGGUAGCCCGGGCCGAUCUGGCAGAUGGCAGCGAGUUCGAGGUGAUGAUGGACCUCCAGAAGCCACUGUGCGAGUGGAUGCGUACCAUCUACAAGACGUACUUUUACGAGGAGCUGGCAAAGGUGAGCAACUUUCCCCAUUACGACACGUGUCCGCUGCCCGUGGCCAAUUACGUCAUGGAGAACUACGUGCUGGACACCGAACCGUACAGUGAGAUGAUGUCCGAGGGCCGAUGGAAGAUGGAGAUGAUGCUGAUGAAGGGGGACAGCGUGUGUUCCGGCAUUUCGGUAUUGAACACGGUCAAGCCGAAGGAGUAGUGGAUGGAAUGCUUUCCGAUCUUUGAUUCGUUAAUUUACGUAUUGUAGUACAGUGGAUAUGCUUGGGGAUUUUAGUAUUAUAUUAUCGCAUUCAUUAUCCAUAUUAAAGAUUUAAUCGAUUGUA